GUACUGCUUCAACCAAAAACAAGUGAUAUAUGAACAUGCACAUGAGGAGAAUAAAGAAAAAAAAGUCAGUUUUUUAUAAAUAAAUCAGUUUUAGCAUGACAUAUUAUCCAAAAAUCCAUAUAGAGCCUAUUUGGAGAAAGAAAAAAUAAGUGUUUGACAAACUCAAGCAUGACUUAGUCUUACACUUGGAAGAUAGUACUAGCAUGAAAAGGGUUUUCUCAUAGUACGGUCCAUAAUGUCGGCUCAGCAGAUAAUUACUUCGGUUGGUCAGAUAAUUAGUUACUCUGGCAGCCGACUGAGCCAAGUCUUUAAUCAAGGUUUUAUAUUUCGACUGGACAAAGGGGCAAAAUAAGUAGGCCGUUGGAUUGGAGGAAUAUGAAGGAAAGUGGAAGGAAAAACUUUAUAACUAUCCGUGAAAACACAGAGAGAAAAUUAUAUCUGCGUGUUUUUCAUAUACCAUGGUUUCUUAUUCUUAUUAAUUUUUUUUAAAUAAAGUAUUUACCAUGAUUUCCUAAACAACAAUAGAUAAUUCACAAAAGAAAAAGUAUUUGGCAAAUGACGUCAUUAUCAGUGUUUUUUCACCCCUCCAAGUUGAGAUAAUUAAUUUGUGGCAAGUUGUUCAAAUUGGGCUGAACUCUCUCACCCCAAAACAAGACAAGAUUCUUCAUCAGAUUAUGCAUCUUGGUCUCCUAACGUGAUUCAGAAAUCCUCUCCUCGUUCUGGUUCUACACCGAUCAAAAAUCAAUUCCUGGGUGGGGCCUCUUUAAACCCCCCAAGACUCUACUUGUAAAUGCCAUCGUGCUUCUUCAGGCAUAAGUCUUCGUUGACGUCUUCCUUUUUUAGUUCCAUGAAUCUGGAUGAUAAGGACCUUUCAUGUUGGAAAUUUGAGAUUAAUUUACUCUGCUCCUACUUUCAUGACUAAACUAGAAGAGGUAAAAAAGUGAAAUGAUGUUCCUAUUCUUCUUUAAACGUACAAAAUAUUUUGUAAUAUAUUUAUAACUCUAGUGAUUAAGAGUAGUUAUUUCUUAGGUUAUGUAUUUGAUUCGAUUCUCUCUCCCUCAAUAUCAAUUGUAUAAAAAAUAAAAAAUAAAAAAAUUAUUCCUUUAUACAAAACAGCUUACUGCAACAAAACUAUUUGCAGCUUUCUAUCUUCUCCCAAGUUAACGUUGAGAGCAAGUGAUGAUUGAGAUCUAGAUGUGUCAAGUUGCAGGACCAAGCCACAUGUUAAAAAAGAACAGAAGAAAAAAAAAAGGACCACUUGGACCUGAGUUUAUAAUUUAUAUUUAUAAUUAUGUAAUAUUUUGUUGACAAGUCUCUCCAAAGGAAAUAGUCCGGUCUUUCUCCUAGCCGCCAAUAAAAGCACCAAUUUAAAACCUCGUUUCAACAACAAAAACUUAACCAGAAGCCAUGAGCAUUCAAAGAUUAAUGCUUCUGCUUCUGCUUCUGCAACUGAUCACCUUCAUAGAAGUGCUUUUAGCAGCUGCAGCUUCAGCUCAAACAACAGCAGCAACAUUUAGCCCUCCUUCUUCUGAUCAAGUAGAAGUCAAGCCUGGCUGCCAAGACAAGUGUGGAGAUGUGAGCAUCCCAUAUCCAUUUGGCACAACCCAGGAUUGUUACUACAACCAGGAUUUCCUCAUCACUUGCAAUGACACGUAUAACCCUCCAAAGCCUUUUCUUAGAAAAAGUGACUCAAUUGAGGUAACAAACAUAUCUGUGGAUGGGAAGUUGUAUAUUAAGCAAUACAUAGCCAUACAAUGUUUCAACAAGUCAGGCACGCCAUUGGGUGGCUUAAAAAAUUCUCUCUCCCUCUCCAGAUUCUUCAUAUCAGACACCGAUAACAAGUUCGUGGCGGUCGGGUGUGACACCUCUGCAAAGAUCAUAGGUUACAAAAGGAGAGCCUACGGGUACACCGGUGGGUGCACCACAACAUGUGGCAGCAUUGACUAUGUUGCCAACUAUUCAUGCUCUGGUAUAGGCUGUUGCCAAACAUCCAUUGCUAAAGGGAUGACCUCUUUUAAUGUAAGUGUAACUAGUUCCAACAACCAUAAGAAUGUGUGGGAUUUCAGCCCCUGCAGCUAUGCCUUCGUAGUCGAAGAGGGAAAGUUCAACUUCUCCUCCAGCAUGCUCAAGGAUUUGGACGAGGUGAGAUUGCUCCCAGUGGUACUAGAUUGGUCAAUUGGAAAUGAAGCAUGUGAAGUUGUUGAAAAUAAAAAGUUGAUGAACUACACAUGUCAAAAGAACAGUAGGUGUGAUGAUGUUGACAAUGGUGUCGGGUAUCGCUGCAAGUGCAUGGACGGUUACCAUGGGAAUCCAUACCUCAAUGGCUGCCGUGACAUUAAUGAAUGCGAUGAUGCAAACCUCCAUGACUGCAAACAAAAUUGUAUAAAUACAGAUGGAGGCUAUAAAUGUUCUUGCCGGAAGGGGUACCAUGGUGAUGGUAAAACAAACGGAGAAGGUUGCUCCCCUAAUCGAACAUUAGUUGUUCAGAUUACUGUUGGAAUCGGGGUCAGCCUCUUAGCCUUGCUAAUGGGAAGCUUAUGGUUUUACUUGGGAUACAAAAGGUGGAAGCUGAUGAAGCUGAAGGAGAAGUUCUUCCGGAAAAAUGGAGGACUUAUGCUACAACAGCAACUUUCAGAACGACAAGGAUCCACUCACGAAACGGCGAAAAUCUUCACUGCAGAAGAACUUGAGAAGGCCACCAACAAUUAUAGUGAGACUAGAAUCAUUGGCAAGGGAGGUUUUGGUACAGUGUACAAAGGAAUUUUGGUAGACGGCCGGGUGGUUGCAAUCAAGAAGUCAAAAAUGGUGGAUCAAAGCCAAAUAGACCAAUUCAUUAAUGAAGUGUUGGUGCUUUCCCAAAUCAACCAUAGAAAUGUGGUCAAGCUUUUAGGUUGUUGUUUUGAAACAGAAGUUCCACUACUAGUUUAUGAGUUUGUCACCAAGGGAACCCUCUUCGACUACAUCCAUAACACAAGCAAGGCAACGAAAUCAAACAAUUCUUGGGAAAUCCAUCUAAGGAUAGCUACAGAAACUGCUGGAGUGCUAUCCUACUUGCACUCUGCAGCCUCUGUUCCUAUCAUUCACAGAGAUGUCAAGUCCACAAACAUACUCCUGGAUGAAACUCUCACAGCAAAAGUGUCUGAUUUUGGUGCCUCAAGAUUGGUUCCUAUAGACCAAGCUGAGUUAUCUACGAUGGUGCAAGGAACUCUGGGGUAUUUAGACCCCGAAUACUUGCAGACAAGCCAAUUGACAGAGAAAAGUGAUGUUUACAGUUUCGGGGUUGUCCUGGUUGAGCUACUAACAAGAAAGAAAGCGCUUUCCUUUGACCAGCCAGAGGAAGAGAGAAAUUUGGCUAUAUAUUUUCUUUCUGCAUUGAAAGAGGACCGCUUGUUACAAGUUCUUGAUGAUUGUAUUGUGAAUGAGGGAAACAUUGAGCAGCUUAAAGAGGUUUCAAACCUUGCGAAGAGGUGUUUGAGAAUGAAAGGAGAAGAAAGGCCAACAAUGAAGGAAGUGGCUAUGGAACUAGAAGGACUGAGAAGGAUGGUAAUGCAUCCAUGGGUUAGCAAUGAAGCCAAUUCAGAAGAGACUGAGUCCCUUCUUGGUGGAAUAUCCAUGGAAACUAUUAGUUGUGGAGGCGGUGGCGAUUCAAGUUCUGGGUAUGAUACCAUGAGGAACCACAUUAUGCUACCAGUAAAUGAUGGGAGAUGAUUGUGCUGCAAGUGAACAAGUCCAUUGGAUAGUGUUUGUGUGCUUUUUUUUUUUUUUCCUAAGCUUACAUAGAGCACUUAUUUCUCAGGUUUAAUUACCCUUAUUACUUUGUAGUCAAUGUGAUUCUGUGUUGAACUGAAAUCUUAUAAAUGAGAAUACUUUGAUAAA